AGUUGCUGCGAUCGCUGCAGGCUGCAACUGAAAUGGCAAAAUGGCAAACCUUUAUGAACUUGAGGCCAAGAACCUAGCCUCCCACCCACCAACCACUACACCCAAAUCCAUUCAAGUACAGUCCCAACCAGUUGUAGAGCCCACACCGUAUUCACAGUUAUUGAACUCUUCAUUGCUGUAUUGUGAUUUGAGACGAGGUCAAGAUUGUGUUCAAGAUGCGCGCAUUCAAGGUCCCGAUUUUAUUCUUAUUAAUAUUUGCUGGGAGUCAAAGAGCUGCUAUUGCUGAGAGAACAACUACUACAGAAGAACCUCCAGAAGAUGUUACUUCAGAGUCAAUGGCAACUAAUGAAGAUCUCGAACCUGACUUGAGAGAUUGCCGAUCCGAAGACACGCGACAGCAAAUAGAACUGAUAAUGAAAAUGCUGGGCACAAAUGACAGCAAAGUCAUCAGCCAAACAGACAUGGAAAACACAUCCGACGAAGCUGUACUAGUUGUGGGCGAGAGAGGCAGCGGAAAAACCAGCUUGAUUCAGUUUUUGAUUGGAAAUGAGAAACUAGUAUCGAAUAUAAUAGAAGGAGAAAAACCGAGUCCCUCCCUUUACCACAAAACUGCUGAGCAUGUGUACUCUAUCGAUGAUGGAGAGAAAAUAGGUAUAGCAGCCGACAACCAUUCCUUCACACAAUACCCGGAAAUUGUCAACUUCAACGGAAUCAACUUCAUAGACACACAAGGCUUUGAAGCAUCAAGGAGUCCGGCCGAUGAAAUCAUCGCAAUCACUGUCAAGAAGAAAAUUCUAAAGAAGUUUAAAAAAGCGAAGAUCCUGUUCCUCGUCAACUACAGCAAGGCACCUACAAGCUCUCUCACAGUCAACUUGGUUUACUCUUUUUCCCGUAUCCACUCGUUUGUAGAGUUGGGUCGAUAUGCAAAUAAUACUGCCAUCAUUAUUACGAACGUCCCUUUCGUUUUGGAAGCCAACAAUGAUGAUGAUGAUAAUGAUGAAGAAGAUUACAAUGAUGAGGAUGAUAACGAAAAUGCGGGACAUUUUGUGAAAAAGCACAAUAAAACAAAUCAACAGAAUCGAAAAGUUACUUCUGAACCACAAGUGGUAGACAAUACUCUAGCAGAUAUUAUCUUCAGCUUAUACCUGGUACAAUCAAUUGUAGAUCCCGUCGUUGAAGUUGGAAAAGAACCUCCAGGGAAAGUUAGAGAAAUUGAAAAGAAAAGGGACAUAAUGUCGUUGAUAGAUAGUAUUGAAUAUACCAAGAAGAAAUUGAACAUACUUAGAGUAAACGAAUUCCAUCAGCCUUACAGGGUAGGAGCACUGCACAACAUGACACUAUUCGAAAAGGAUAGAAAAUCGUUGUUUGAAAUGAUUGAAAACUUGGAACCCAUUGAGAUACGUCAACAAGACUUCAACUUCACCUUAUCUAGGCAGGCUGAGACGUUGAAGAAAUGUUUGAAGCAAGUGACACUCGACGAUUACAGAAACAAGUAUGGUGACUUGUUUUGCAUGGAAGAAAAUACUACUAAGGAGACGAAAUUAACGGAAAGUUACAAAGAAAAGUGGGAAAAGACAGUUGGAGAGGUAAACUCGCUGUAUGAUAAAAUUACCAACUUAGGCAUAAAUCUUGAGGAUGAUGAUUAUUAUUAUGGAAAGUUUCCUUUAGAAUUAAUAAAACUCAACUGUACAGGUUAUACGUAUAAAUAAUAAUGCUUAAUGCAUAUGUGCGCAACGAGUUAAAUAAAUAUUAGCAAUUAAUCAUUUUGAAGUGUUACACGUGACUAACAUAUUUAAGUAGUUAGCUAUUAAAGUAAUUGAAUUGAACUGUAGUGAAUAUUAGGAGAAAAAGCAUAUGUAACAGGUUUAGGACUAAAAAUAAUACACUACUGCGGUGGCAGAUCAACAAAAACAUUAUGCAUAAUACAAUACAAAUUUAAGAUUUUAUAUGUAGCCUACACAUCAUAAAUUUUUGGCACUAUAAUAUAUACUUUUAAGUUAUACAGCUCUAAAAAUUACAACCCAGUUGAUGCAUUGAAAACGGUUUUCAUUCUAAUUUAUAUAAUCUAUUUCAUUGUAUUGAAUAUAUCUAUGUACAGAUAAUUAGUUCUCAGAAGUAGGUACCUAAUGUGCCUGAAUGUUCAGUCCACCAAAAUGUUGAUUUUUUUAUUAUUAAUAAAAGUUGAAUAUGAAAUCGUUAUUUUUGAUAAUUGAAACCCAAGAUUUAGUACUUGUUUUUGCUUAGAACGACACCCACAUAUCAAUUAUAAGCAGUGAAAAAAGGUAAACCAUAUUUUGAUGAAAUGAAAUGCCUCAAGAUGUUUUGUUUUAGAAAUAUUUUUCCACAGGAUGGACAAUUGAUUCAUUUUUUUGUCCAAGUUGAAUAGAGUGUAUUGAACGUCUUAUAUUUUAACCUUAUUUUCUAUUAAUCUUUAUUGUAGCAAGGAUUCAUGAAAACUCUUUGCAUAAGCAAUUUGAAACUGAAAAAUUCAGUGGCAGUCAAAUCAUGCAUGAAAACCUUUUCUAGAAUAGCAUGCAUAACUCACGUUAUACUAGACACCAUAUUAAACUCGACACUUUACUAACACUAUAUUAAAAUACUACAAGUCAGAAAAAUAAUAUACUACACAGAGUGGUGAAGAUAUAAUCAAACAAAAUAACAUAAUCAAAUCAAACUCAUUUUUAUUAAAAAAACGAAAUCAGCAAAUAAAUCACUAUAACAAACAAUAAGAACAUGCAAUUGUCUACAAUGAUCCAUUAAUAGAGAUAUAAAUUAGAAAAUCUAACAAAUAGGCUAAAAUAUCAACACACUAAAUUUUUACGGGAAGUAUCCAAACAUCAUUACUCACAAAUAGAGAUACAAUCACAGCCGCCUAUUGCUAGAUAACUAAGUAACUAAAGCCAAAAAGUAACUAAACAACUGAAUAAUGAACGGAGUAAACAAUAAUUAACCUAGAAACUUUGAGAUCAAUUGAGAUCUCAAAUGAUAUCAACUAAAAACAAGAAUAUUAGGAUAGCUAAAUUUAUCAAAAACUAAAAUAAUAUAGUUUUUAAUCUCGAGAAUUUUCAAAUGAGAUGAAGCACGUUAAAUGAUUAUAAAACCAGCAAAAUCCGAGCAAAUAAAUUGAAUGUAAAAAAGUAUUAAUAUUAUUUACUGAUAACUCUAUAUAUCGUGGAAUUCUAAAUUUUUUUUUUUCAAAUCAAGAUUUUGUUUCUAUCAUGAUAGGAAUCUAUUAUUUAUUUAUUUUUUGCUAUAAUAUUCAAGCUUUUUUUGCAUUAUAUGAGAGAAUAGCCUUAUAUAGAUAGGUUAUUUUAUGAUUAUAUUAUCAAGAUUGUGGACAGUCAUUCAGAGUACAUAAUGAAAUAGUCUGUAUUACUUAGAACACACCUGGCAAUAAAUAAAACAGAAAUAUACUUCAAAAACGAAUUCAUAUGAAUCAAGCCUUGGAAGAGCAAUCAAAUCAGCAAAUAUUUCGCAAAGUUAAAUGAAGCCUAAUUUUAAAUCUGAGAUAGAAAAAAUAAAUCUAAUGAUCAAUAGAUAAUAUACUUUGUUCAAUGUUCAAAAGUAUUCGAUCAACAAUUUAUUGAUAGAUAAUAAAGUAAACAAAAACAAAUAAUUCAAGGAUGAGUAAUAUCGAAUGUCAAUAUGACAAGAACGUGAAAAUUGUCAUUAUGAAUUAUAGAAAACGUAAUAUUAAUUUGUUCAACAAAAGUUUAUUUCUACCAUGCACUACAACUUAUAUUAUUAAAAUUAAUAAUGCAAUCAUUCAAUAACAUGCUAAUUUCACCAUAAAAAUUAAACAUAUAAUAAUUGAAAAACUGGAUUGAAAAACCACAUAAUGUAGAAAUUAAAUGUCCCAAAAGACCUGUUUUACUUUUCAAUAAACAUGAACACUUAACAGCAUUUAAAUAUGCAUUAUAACAACAUCUAAAUACUUAUCUAAGCCCCCAUGUUCAAUUAAAUACUCGAUACCCUACUUUCAACAAUAAUAGUUUCUAAUGUAAAGAUGUAUCAAAAAAUAUACAAAAGCUAUAAAAUAUUUUCCAAUAGAAAUUUUGCUUGUUUAUCAACAAUAUAACAACUCUAUUAAAGCUCAAUCCAAAUAAUUGAUAUAGGCUAACAAUUUAUCAACUAGUUUAUAUACUAUUCACUAUAUUAUAGAAUUUUCUAUUCAAUUUAUAUUGCUAUAUUCCAACUUAUAAGAAGAUUAAUCAUCAUUAACUCGAGCUUAUAAAGCUGAUCUCAUCACAUUUGAGUUUUAUAAAAUUCAAAAACAAAUUAACAUUUUCAAUUAAUAAUUAUAACCAUUCAUAUAGAUAUCCU